AACCCUCGCCCACAGCAGGGAGGAGCAAGCGGCGGCGCCCGGCCAAGCACGGACAGGCGGCGCAGGCAGGGACCGCGGCCAGCUUCCAUCGACCGCCCCCUCGGGGGCCUCGGCCGCCUCGCCCACAGCCAAGAUGUUCGUGAAGCCGGAGAGCCUGGAGCUGAAGGAGGAGGAGGCGGCGCUGCUGCUGGCUGCCCGGCCAUCGCCCGCCUCGUCCUCCUGCUCGCUGACGCCCUUCUCCAGCUCCGAAGGGGAGGACGACGACGACGACGACGACGAAGCGGGCGCCUCCCUCUCGCCGGCGGCCGGCCCAGCGGGCGAGGGCUCCGGCGGAGAGAGACGGCCGCCGGGGGCCCCCUCCCUGGCCUUGAGCCGCCCCGGCUGUAAGCGGCGUCCCGGCCGGGUGCGGAGCGGCUGUCGGGGGACCAAGACGGUGGAGACGGUGCAGCGGCUGAAGCGGAGCCGCCGCCUGAAGGCCAACAACCGCGAGCGCAACCGCAUGCACAACCUGAACGCGGCGCUGGACGCCCUGCGCCAGGUGCUGCCCACCUUCCCCGACGACGCCAAGCUCACCAAGAUCGAGACGCUGCGCUUCGCCCACAACUACAUCUGGGCCCUCUCCGAGACCCUCCGCCUGGCCGACCACUGCGGCGUAGCCGCCGCGGGGGGCCUCUUCGCCCUGGCCGGGCAGCCCCUCGCCCAGGGAAGCCCCUCGCCCGCCACCUCCGCCGCCUCCUGGAGCUGCGACGCCAGCCCGGCGCCCUCGGCCUCCUCCUCGGCCGCCUACAGCUGCACUUUGUCGCCCGCCAGCCCCGCCAGCUCCUCCUCGGAGCUGGACUAUUGGCAGCCCCAGCAGCCCCGCUUCGCCCUCGCCGGGGACCUGCUCUGACGCGCCCAGCCCCUUCGGACCUAGCCGGCGCGUCCCCCCGACAGUGGGGAGGGGCGUAUCUCUGUAUGCCUGAGGGGGUCGUGGGGAGGGUCGCCAACAACCGGGAGGGAGAACCCCCCUCCCAUAAUGCAUGCAUUCUGUGACCUGCAAUGACUUCCCAAACACCCCAUCGACUAAAGGCCGGGCUUCCUUUCUUGAGUCAA